UAUUUAUUUGUUGUCAGAUUAUAUUUGCUGCUCUGAUUGGUCCAAAUUACUAUAAGGUUAUUUUAAUAUUUUUUGAACCAAUCGUCAUAUCGUAUACAGUAAUCUUAUUUAGCCUGAAAACUUAGUAAAUUUUUAUGAGGUAAAUGUACAAAGUGGUGGUGAAGUAAUUUAAGAAAAAUAAUAGAAUUUUUAAAUUAAUGAGGAAUUAUAUUUAUUAUUAACAUAAAAGGAUUAUUUACAGUUGAUAAUGCGGUUGUUGCUAAUAUCGUUAGCGUUGUUGGUGUGCAGCACGCAUGUGGUGAGAGCAUUUGAAGACACAACGCUUGAAGAUGAUGAUUUUGCAGAGUUCGAACAGUUUGAUGCAGAAGAUGAUGUACCUAUAAAUGAUUUUAGCGAGGAAGACAAGGAAACAGUGGCACAAAAGCCAAAGGCACCAGUGAAGGAGUUUGAAGCCACUGUCGAGAUAGAGGAUGAGAUCCUUGUUGAGGAUGAAGACAAUGAAUUCGAGCACUUCCAAGAUCCAGAGGAGUUCGAAGGGUUCCAGGAGACGACGCCGCGCACUUCUGAACAGCCAAAGAUUACUAUUUCUAAGGUUCCUAUAAUGGUGCGACCGCGCUGGGACGCGUACUGGCUGGAGGGCCUGUUGUGCUGUCUGUUGGCGGCGUAUGCGUUAGCGUACGCGGUGGGACGCGCCAAGAACACCUCCAUCGCGACCAACUUCCUGAAGUUGCACAAGCCGUUAUUAGAAGACAACUUCACAUUAGUUGGUGAGACGGGUGCGGAUGUGGUGUCCGCGGGCGAUGAGCGCGGGUGGCGUCGCGAGGCGGAGCACUGCUUCACCAUGUGGUGCAGCGGACGGGUCUGCUGCGAAGGGAUGCUGCUCACACUUAAACUUAUUAAGCGUCAAGACCUGGUGCACGUGGUGCUGGGCGCGGUGCGUCCGUCCCCGGACACGCUGCUGCUGCGCGCCGAGCUCGGCAAGGACGACUCCGACCCGUUCGUGCUGUGCGUCGCGCAGAAGAAGAUCGCCACGAGACUGUCCCGGGAGAUGCAGGACUUGAGCGUGUUCUGCCCCGAGCGUCGUCCGGGCGACAAACAUGGGCUCCCGACGUCUCUCUCGGUGAUGUCAGAGACGGCGGAGGCGACGGCGGCCAUAUUGGACGCGCGCGUCACCGCUGCGCUUGCGCUGUACCAUCAACACAUCCAGUACAUACACAUCUCCGACAAGUACUCCGGGCCCAAGCAGAUGGAGGAGACUACAGUAACCAAGCCCCCAGAUACAGAGAAGGUGAUGCUGGUGAGCAUAGCGCUGGGUCCUGAUGGCGGUGGUGACGAAGUGCGGCCGCUGUUACAGCUCGUGUUCCACCUGCUCGACAAGAUCAAGCGCACCAGGCUCAGCAAGGAGGCGCUGGCGAAGUGUGAGAAGCGUCGUCAGAAGGUGGCGGAGGCGUGGCUGCGCGGGGCACACGCGGCGCGCCAGGAGCAGGCUGCCGCUAGGCGCGAGGAGAAGCGCAAGCAGGAGAAGGAGCGGAUACUUGCUGAGGACGACCCAGAGAAGCAACGUCGCUGGGAACUAAAGGAACAGAAGCGUCAACAGAAACGCAAAACACCCAAAAUGAAGCAACUUAAAGUGAAAGCCUUAUGAAUGUUCUAAAUCCUCAUAGGAUUCAAGUCAAUGCAAUAUUAUUUAAAAUACAGAUUUUGUUAUUAAUUAAUAAGCGUUAAACAUACUCAAUGGAAGCGAAUAAAUGAUGUCUUAAGUUCA